CGAUUCGAUUAUCCUACAUCGGUACCGCACAGCUUCAAGUAACCCCACAACAUCAUGUUCUUCCAAGACAACCGCAAACCCCCAAAACCAAAGAAAGAUUGUUAACCAUUUACUGGUACCUAUUGGCAGCUGAAAUGAUGCUACCAAACGGAUCUAAUGCCGACUCCUCCUAUGGAACCGUCGUCGAUCCGUCGGCCAAUGGAAACCGGAACCGGCGUGAUGAUAGUAAACCCAGUUGUGGGAGUACAUCCCGCGAUUCCAACGAAAAGCUUCUGGAGUUGAUCAAGAACAAAACGCUCGUCUUGAUUGGGCUCUUCUUGUUUAUGUCUGCAACUGUUGCGGUCUGCAAUGGCCGCAAAAGUGCUUCCCCUUCGGUUCUCCUUAGAUCUCCUUUGCAGAAUACGGAUACAACAACACUUUACGGAACGAAGCAUGGUACCAGUACCGCUGCAAUUGUUGAUGGAUUUCUUACCAGUGACAUUGGUCAGAUCCUACGUUGGUAUUGUGCUCCCGAUUCUUGGAAUCCUAUUGAAGGGAGACGGGAGGGCAGAGGCGGAUCUUGGUCAGUCGAUGAUGCGUCCAAAUCGCUGAUUAUGGCACCCCCUGCCAAGAAGGAUAACUGGCGAAAAACUUACUAUGAACCCGUCUUGAUCAAGGAUGAUGGACCCUUUCUUUAUGCUACCCUGACUGAUGACAAAUACUAUACAGUUGAAACAACUCUCCAACUCACUGCUGUCCGACAAUUUGAUCAAGCUGGUAUCAUGAUUCGGCUUGGUCCUGAGCACUGGCUCAAGACAGGCAUUGAAGUUGUAGAUAACCGACCUCGGCUGUCCUGUGUUGUCACGAAUGUGUUUAGUGAUUGGUCCACCCAAGCUUGGUCCAAUUAUACAGUUGAUCAAGGCGAUGAGAGUUUGAAGGGUAGCGGUGCGACGGUGGUUACUGUGCACUGUCAGAUUCGGGUUCAUUGCCGUGGAGACAGCUUUGUGGUGGAAGCCAAAAUGCCAACUCCUUCAGGUUCAUUCGAGUGGCAGUUCAUUCGAAUUGCUCAUUUGGCCAAGUCAAGCGGUGGCUUCUCAUCUUUUGCCAAGCAGGAUCCUACGUUGGAAGAUGGGGCUCCCACAGAUGGCACACUUUGGGCCGGUGUCUUCGCAGCGUCUCCCGAAGACCAGCAAGGUGGAUAUGUGACCUUCACCAGCUUUACCAUUCAAGUGGGGUCUCAUUUCGAACACAAUGCCGACGGAAACCAAGACACACGAUGAAGAUACCUCGCGAGUUGGCUAGCUAGUGCUCCAUGUUUGUCGGAAACAUCAAGAAGUGUGGAAGCUACGGUACGACUGUACUGAGGAUUUCAAUUGAAGGGCUACUAGUUACAGCGUGGUUUGCAGCGAGCGUGUGUGUCGUAUGGUUGUGAUUUUAGUUCUCCGGAAGAAAGUGCGGACAUGAUAGCAUGGUAGCAUCCCGCAGCACUGAAACUUGCGAGAGAUGUUUUGGUAAGAAUGUUUUUGUUCUGCCACAGUUGCACUGUUCCUUGCGUUUCCCAUGUGUUCGGUCGGUCGGGAAAGGUAGUCGAUGCAAACUGCCAGACAAACAAGUGCGUGCAUGAUGUAGUAAUAGAAAGAUCCUAUUUGUGGAUCCAAUCAACCUUGACCAUCUUUCGUCCCUUGAGGAACUUUUCGACGGACAUGGCUGCAAUACAUCCGUCCGCGGCGGCCACGACCACUUGCUUGUAUGCAGUGUUUCGGAUAUCCCCAAUUGCAAAGACUCCCUUGACAGAGGUUUCCAUAUCCUCGCUAACAAUCACUCCACCGUUGUCGUCUAGUUCCACCUUGUUUUGUACAAAAUCCGUGAUAGGCUUGGAACCACCACCGGCGCCAUAGAUGAAAGCUCCCUCUACAGGAAUGACUUCAGCCUUGUCCAUGUACAUCUUUUGUAUUUUGACUCCAGUGACACCGGAUGCAUCACCUUCUACUCCCAUAAAGCGUGUCUUGGGCCAGUGCUUGACAUUCUCCAUGUCCAAAAGCUGUUCCAAGAGUUCUGGAUCCAAGACAUUGUUGCAUUCCACUUUGGAUCCUUCCUUUGGCAUGCAGGCCGAAAUGUCAAUCGAGGUGAUCCAAUGCACCAUCGAAGCGAACUUUGUGAGGAACAUUGCUUCCUCCAUGGCUUCUGUGGUUGCUCCAAACACGGCAACUUCGGCAUCUCGGUAAAAGGCUCCAUCACAAGUGGCACAAUAACUGACACCCUGUCCCAAAUACUUUUCUUCUCCUGGGAAAGGGGGGGCAGCUCGGCCCAUAGCACCUGUGGCCAGUACGAGCGCCCGUGCCUUGACGGUAUAGUCUGGCGUGUAAACGACCUUGGUAUACGGAUUGUCCUCGUCCGCGGAAGGAUCUUCCACAUCAAUCAUGAAUACUUGAGCUCGCUCAUAACGAGUACCGUACUGUACGGCUUGAACCUUCAUUUGUUCCAAUAACUCGGACCCACUCAUGCUGCGAUCCACUCCCGGAUAAUUGGCAAUAUGGGAGGUAAUGGCCAAUGCCCCCACGGCUGGAUUCUUAUCCAGGAUGAUAGUCGACAAGUCAGCUCGAGAUGUGUACAAAGCACACGUACAACCUGCUGGUCCUCCACCCACAAUGGCCACAUCACACUCCAGCACUUCCAUCAUUUGUAGCUUGGUACUUGCACGAUGACCCGCAGAAGCAGAAACCCGAGAAGUAGACAGUUUAGAAGAUUGGGACCGAUCGAUGGCCAUCAUGGAGGCAGAAUUCCGUUGCAGGACAAAGGACGAGCCAGUGCCUACUAGCGCUAUGAGAACCAGAGCCAAUAGCAUCGCCACGGAGUGCAAUAAGGACUGCAUCUUAUUCAACUAGACUAAUGCAAUACCGGUAUUGGUGGUUGCUUCGGAGAUUUGACUGAAGCCAAAGGAACCAAUGAAGGGGUAAUCGUAUCGAUCCAGAUUGUUGAAGGAUUAUGGCAAUUGGAAGGCUUCAAGGGAUGCCACAACUAACUUAUCUAUCUACCAAGCUAAUCUAAUCAAUAAUCAAGCUCUCGACAAG